CAUUAUAAUUCAGGUUCAUCUCUUCAUCUGCUGUAAAUUUACGCUAUUUUUUUUGUUGCUUAGUUUCACUACAAUUGAUCUAACUAUCACCUGCUUCCUUCGCAUAAUCAAUUAGUAGGUAAAAAUGCAAAGAGCAAUUGGAUCUUUCGUAUCCCAUGGAAGCAUUGUGAAGAAUGCGGUUCUCCAACACAUUCGCUUGGUCAACCCACUUGCACAAACUCUUGUUAGACACGAGUCAACUUCCGCUGCUCGUAUGGAAGAACAUGGUUUUGAAAAAACCAAAAUUUCAGAUAUUCUGAAAUCGAAAGGGAAAAGUGAUGAUGGCUCGUGGCUUUGGUGCACCACCGAGGAUUCUGUGUAUGAAGCAGUCAAGUCGAUGACACACCACAAUGUUGGAGCAUUGGUGGUGGUUAAACCUGGGGAGAAGUCGGUUGCUGGAAUUAUCACAGAAAGAGAUUAUCUCAGGAAAAUCAUUGUUCAGGGAAGAUCAUCCAAGUCAACUAAGGUUGGAGAUAUCAUGACCGAAGAGAACAAGCUUAUCACAGUCACUCCCGAUACCAAAGUCCUGAAAGCAAUGCAGUUAAUGACAGAUAAUCGUAUCAGACACAUUCCCGUGAUUGGUGAAAAGGGUAUGCUGGGCAUGGUUUCCAUCGGAGAUGUGGUUCGUGCUGUUGUAAGUGAGCACAGGGAAGAACUUGAUCGGUUGAACGCUUUUAUACAAGGAGGCUACUAGAAACCAUUGAUGAUGACGAAGACCAUAAUAAUGACAAAUAAGUUGGUACCUGGGUAACAUGGUAAUUUUAAAAGUUUGUAAAUAUGUUUAUACACUCUUUGAACACGUGCUUAUGUAUUGUGUUGCUCGAAUGACAUGGUUUGAUGGUAAUGCAAAGCUUGAAGCUUUAUAUGGUUAUGUUUA